ACAGACUGUAGAGAGUCCACAGCAUCACAGCACUUUAACUGUGAUCUGCUGCUGCUGCUGGAAACCAGCGGAACCAGCUGCGAUGGUCUGAUCCGCUUCCGCUGCCUCGUGUUUCCGGGUUGUGUCUCGCGCUGGUUUUCGGUACGUUUGCUCUCCACCGGUCAGUCCACGGCUGGGAAGCGACACUACAGCAACUCUACAGCAACACAACAGCAACACUACAGCAACACUACAGCAACUCUACAGCAACACAACAGCAACACUACAGCAACACUACAGCAACUCUACAGCAACACAACAGCAUGAACAGAAGCUGCGAGGAAACAAGCCGCGGGAAGUUUCCGUGUUAGAGCCGGGCACCGGCAGUCCGCGGGGUGGCCUCAGGACCCGGACGCGUCCAGGUGUUUCAGAGUGAGAACAAAGUGCAAAGUCCGGUCUGAGCGCAGAUAUGAGCAGCGAGCGGCUCUAGAGGCUGACUCCUCUCUGCGCCUCCUGUCUGCUCUGCUCCUGUGGGUCUGAAGCUCGGUGAUUCAGCGCCGGAGAUGUCGGGUCUUUUACUCGGAGCCAUCCGGAGACGGGGUGGCGUUGGUGCAAGUGUCGGGGUUCGGGCCCUGGCUUCAGUCCCCUCGCUGCCUCCCGCGGUGGCCGACUUCGUGAGGGGAGCGGUGGACGAGUGUAAGCCCACCAGUGUACAUGUGGUCACGGGGACGCCAGAGGAAUCGGCCAACAUCCUGGCCGGUCUGGAGAAGGAAGGAAUGAUCAGGAAGCUUCCCAAAUACGACAACUGCUGGUUGGCACGUACAGAUCCAAAGGAUGUAGCUCGGGUGGAGAGCAAGACUGUGAUUGUGACCAAGAACCAGAGGGACACUAUUCCCAUCCCUGCUGCUGGGAUGAAGAGCCAGCUGGGAAACUGGAUGAGUGAGUCGGACUGGCAGAAAGCCAGAGAGCAGCGUUUCCCCGGCAGCAUGGCAGGUCGGACCAUGUAUGUGAUUCCCUUCAGUAUGGGUCCUGUAGGCUCCACCCUGAGUAAAUAUGGAGUCCAGGUGACGGAUUCGCCGUAUGUUGUGGCCAGUAUGGGCAUCAUGACGCGUAUGGGAACACCUGUUCUGAAGAAGCUGGCUGAAGGAGUGGAGUUCGUCCGCUGUCAGCACUCUGUAGGACGACCGUUGCCUCUCACAGCUCCUCUGGUCAACUCAUGGCCCUGUAACCCAGACAAGGUGCUGAUAUCUCACCUGCCUGAUACCCGGCAGAUCCUGUCCUUUGGCAGUGGCUAUGGAGGAAACUCUCUCCUGGGGAAGAAGUGCUUCGCCCUCCGCAUCGCCUCCCGCAUCGCGAAGGAUGAAGGCUGGCUGGCAGAACACAUGCUGAUCCUGGGCAUCACCAACCCUCAGGGAGUGAAGCGUUAUGUAGCAGCGGCGUUCCCCAGCGCCUGUGGUAAAACCAACUUGGCCAUGAUGAAACCAGCUCUGCCGGGCUGGAAAAUCGAGUGUGUGGGAGACGACAUCGCGUGGAUGAAGUUUGACAGCCAAGGAAAACUGAGGGCCAUCAACCCAGAGAACGGCUUCUUCGGCGUGGCCCCGGGCACCUCGGACAAGACCAACCCCUACGCCAUGGCCACCAUCUCCAAAAACACCAUGUUCACCAACGUUGGCGAGACCAGCGACGGAGGAGUGUGGUGGGAGGGACUCGACCCCCCCCCAGCUGGCGUUACACUCACAGACUGGCACGGCAAAACCUGGAAGCAAGGAAGUUCAGCUGCCUGCGCCCACCCCAACUCCCGCUUCUGUGCUCCGGCGGCUCAGUGUCCCAUCAUCGACCCCCAGUGGGAGAGCGAGGAGGGCGUUCCCAUUGACGCCAUUAUCUUUGGUGGCAGGAGGCCGGAAGGAGUCCCUCUGGUUUACGAGUCUUUCAACUGGCAACACGGAGUCUUUGUUGGAGCCGCGAUGAGGUCCGAGGCCACGGCAGCUGCUGAGCACAAAGGUAAGGUGAUCAUGCACGACCCCUUUGCCAUGCGGCCGUUCUUUGGCUACAACUUUGGCGACUACCUCGCUCACUGGCUGAGCAUGGAGAGGCGAAAAGCUCCCACUCAUCUGCCCAAGAUCUUUCACGUCAACUGGUUCAGAAAGGACGCCUCCGGCUCCUUCCUCUGGCCCGGCUUCGGCGAAAAUGCCCGCGUGCUCGAGUGGAUCUUCAAGCGCUGUGGCCGGGAGAGGGAGGACGAGGCGGCCAAGAAGAGCGUUAUUGGUUGGCUGCCAGAAGACGGUGCCAUCAACACAAAAGGCCUGAGCGGCAAAGUGGACAUGGGCGCCUUGUUUGACGUGCCCACACCGUUCUGGCAGAAGGAGACCAAAGAGUUAAGAGCCUACUUCACUCAGCAGGUCGGUGCUGAUCUGCCAGCUCAGGUGGAGGCUGAGCUGAAGGCUCUGGAGGACAGAGUGCACAAGUAAAUCCCCGGUGACCCGACAGACAAGGCUGCGGUCCCUGAUGAUCCGGAUCAGAGCAUCAGGGUCCAAUCACAGUCACUGGCUGGGUUACACACACAGAAUGUUCUAAAUCACAUGACCCAGGUUUGGUUUGAUGCAUCUAAACAUAAAACACGAGUUUGUAUUUCCUGGUUUGAUGUUUGGCUGCCACAUCGCUGUGGCACAGAAACACUCAGCUGCUCUUUGUUUUAGAAAAUAUAAUGAGUAGACAGCAACUAAGAAACGAUGAUUCUAAUACCUCUUUACUGGCAGAGCCAGCACAGCUCAGAUAUGACUUUGUUCAAACACUGGUUCAGUCUGAAGUUUCACCUCAGACCAAUAAUCAGAACAGCAUUUAAAUCUCUGUGCCUGAAACACAGUCAGUGACUUUGUCUCUUGUCAGGGAGAAAAAUCAGGAAUCAAACGUAAGCAAAGGAAUUCUGGGAGAAGUUAAUCUGCAGAGCAACCUGACCACCUCACACUAAUGCUGUAACACUGACCGGCUGGAGGUUUGAUUUCUGUGAAGUUAUCUGGUUUCAGACAGAGAAGCUAAUGUCAUUCCCUCCAAUCAGACGCUGCUGUGGUGCUGCAGCACGACCACCGAGGCCUCGAGCCGUUCGAGUCCCGGCUGCUGAUGUUUACGAGCUGAAGCACGAAAAUUUUUUCUUUCAGAAUUCUGACAAAGCUGAUAGAGUUUUAAGAUUUUUACUCUCCUGGCUUUUUAAACACUACAGACUGAAGAAGUGACCUUUAUUUUAAAUUGAACUUGAUAUUAAAAAAAAAAAACUUUUAUCAGAAGUUCAUUUAACUGAAGCUGAGGAUUUCACUGUGCAUCAUUCAUCAUUAUAAUGUGUGUGAUUAAACUGUUUGAUUACACGUAAUGUUUACACAUGAUCAGUGGAAUGGACCAAUAAAUGCACCGGAGAUUAUUUGGUGUUUGUAGAAGCUGGAUGCCAAAGUUUUUAUUACAGUGCAAUGAAUAAAUAUUUUCAAGUGCAGA